UGAUUCCAGGCUAGUCAGGUGCUCCACUGCCUUCUGCUUCAGUUGUAGUUUGGUCAGUAGACGUUCUGACUCGCCCAAAAUCUUUUUCAUCUGAAGCAUCAUGACACGGUUUCGUAGUGGUUUUAUUUUUACCUUUGUAUUAGCCGUCGUCUCUCAAAUUUCACCGUUGUACGCCAAUAACGCGGUGCCCGUAUUAAUAUGGGGCGGUGCAGGCUCCGAUUCGGAUUCGGGGAGGCAUUCAAUAAAUCCGUUUUUGAAGACAAUUCGCAAAGAAUUCGAGUCGUUCCUGCAUGAGAAACUGGAAGGCUUGCCUCCUGUUCUCCUUUACGUGAAACAGAAUCUGUGCGUCGAGGAUUUGAAGAAGCACAAACAGCAUCUUCAACCGACCAUCACUGGCGAUUCAGUUUAUUAUUUUCCCGCAGUCGAAACGGCAGUUAACGUUAUUGAGGAUUUACCUUUUUAUAAUACAACUUACACUGAUUACACAGAUUCGAUAUCCGAGGGGCAGUUGUCAGUUAUGACAAUUAGCAAUUUAGAUACUGUUCCACAGACGUAUGAAACAUUGAAGGAAUCUAAUCCUAACUUAACUGCUAUUCUCACGGGAAGAUUGUGUAGUUAUAGACAGUCCGAACGUGUUAAAAGAGAUGUUGCCGAAGACGAUGAUUCGUUUGUUGUACAAUCGGAUAGAGUACUUCUGUAUUCUAGUCAACGUUUGUUAAUGAAGAUUCCAGAAGAAAAUAAUGCUCUGGUGCUUUCGAAAAAGUGCACAGCAACUGAAACUGAAAAUGGGAAUGAAUUGUUGUUGCACUUGAGCUGGACAGGUUCAGAAAUGGAUGAGCAUAAAGCACCAAUAGAUAAACUUACACUUUCUUUUAAAUUUGAAAGUAAGACUGAGGGCUAUUAUACUCUUAAAACAGUUAAUUACCAGAAUAACACAAAAACUAGUAUUAAUAAUAGCUUAACAACGAACAUGGAUAUUGUCUUUCCAAAUACAUUCUCUUAUCAUUGUUCAAGAAAUGUUACCUUUGAAAAAGGAGAUAAUUAUUCCCUAGUAAUUCAAGAUCUACAAGUGCAAGUAUUUCCUGAUAAAGAUCAAGCUAGAGAACCAAUAUUUAGCGAUGCAUACGAUUGCGUCGGAUUCACUACAAUUCCAAUUUGGACAGGAAUAUUUGUUACUACCAUAUUAGGUAUAAUUAUGAUGUGGGGUCUUACCAUGAUCAUGGAUAUUCGUACUAUGGAUAGAUUCGAUGAUCCUAAGGGGAAAACAAUCACAAUUUCGGCUCAAGAGUGAUAUAUUACAUUGAAGUUAGUAAAACAAAUGUUCUUAUGUAAAUAUAUAACAUAAGUAGUAAUGGCCCAAUAAAUUGUUAGAUUGUCAGUUCCAUGCUCAUGUGUCAUACAUAUAUAAUAAUCAAUAAGAGCCAUUGGUGACUUACUCUGAAAACAUUGAUUUUUUUAAGCUCAGUUGCAGUUCUUAUUUCAAUCUGAUGUAAUGUUUUACUAUGAAAAGAUAAAUUUAAGCAUUCCAAUUAUCUAAUAUGAUGUAUUUGUUUCAGUAUUUGUAUAUUUGUUAUGCAUAAUAAUACUCUUACGUCAUAAUGUUUAUAACAAGACGGUUAAAUUAUAAUUCAUUUCAUUAUUGUACCUUUCAGUAAUAAAACUGUCUUGUAAUAUAUUGAUAAUUGAUUGAAAGAACUUGAAGUUUCUAACAAAAAUUCGUAUGUAAACUUUCGUGUGUUGUAGAGUGCUGCGUGUUGAUGAUAAAAAUUAGUUACCCAAAUAUACACAUAUAUAACGUAUAUAUAUAUUUGUAGAUACAUACAAAUACUUGCAUACAUGUAUACAUAAUGUCUCAAAGAAUCGUUGAAUUCUGUAUUUCCUAUGUUGAUUUCAUCAAUUUCUUUCAUUCUUAGUAAUAAAUUUUAAAAAUGUUAUGAGACCAUAUUAUAAACUUUUAAUAUAUAAAAAAUGUACAAUAUAGAAUUGUGUAUAA